ACAUAACCACGCAGCCAGCAAGCAAUUCAGAUAGAGAUCGUCUUGGAGUAUCGUAUAAAACGGUACCGACUUCCUCAGUAAACACAAAACCCCAUAGUUACUUCACUGUGAAAUGUUCAAUCAUUCGAAAUAGUUGAUAUUAAAGGCAUUAAAGGCCGUACAGCGGCCCAACUCCAAUCAAGAACAACACAGCAAUGGCACCGAAGAAUAAAAAGUGCUCUAUUUGCGGUUCGAGCGUCACCACAAAAUGGAUAACACUCGAUCGAAGGCGUUUAUGCAGCGAUUGCUACGACAUCCAAUGCAAUCCACCAUUGGAACCAAAGCAGGAUCUAGAAACAGAUGCUCCCGGACCGAGCGGUCUUGGUCCGGGUCCGAGCGGUCUCGGUCCGGGUCCGAGCGGUCUCGGUCCGGGACCGAGCGGCUACAAGAGUGAAACAUUCAUUUCAUCUGUGUCGGUAUCGAGCGAUCCGGCCGAUGAUGCUGUUUUUGCGAAACCUACCCUAUUACCCAAGCCAAGCAAGGUUGGCAAACGUGUCGAAACGCAGCCGGCUCGCAGCAACCCGAAAAAACCUCUCCGCAAUAAACCGAAAAAGACGGGAAUGAAGCUUAAGUUUACCGAUGAAACAACACGCCCGAAAUCGGUUCCUAAGUUAUUCCAUGAGAAUUUCUGGUAUGAGGUAGGUGACAUUGUGUCGCUGGUCGAUAUGAAGGACAACACGUAUUACGCACAGAUACGAGGGCUGGUUGUGGACGUGUUUAAUGAGAAGAGUGCCGUACUGACGUGGUUGGUUCCAACCAUUGAGAGUCCGCCUCCGAACGAAGGUUUUGAUCCUGGCACGUAUCAUAUCGGCCCGGAUGAGGAUGAAUUGCGUGAUUUGAGCCAGAUGAGGUUCGUUAUGCACGCACCGAACGGGUACUAUUUCAACCGCCAUCAUCCGUUCCCCCGACCGAACGUGUACGGGCCGAUUACCAGGGAUGGCCGAUCGACUGCGGUACCGGAGUACGAGUGGACGAACAUUUGCCAUCUCCACUACGGUGAACAUUCGAAACGCUGAGAUAGACAAAAUAUCGCAAGUUCAAAUUCUGAAGUGGUACCAUACCAUCUUCGUUAGGUGUACGCUGUUAGAACUUACAGGAUAGUACCGUAAUAUUGUUAAAAUUGUGAAAUAGAACUGAUUGAAUUACUGAACUGAACUUGAUGUAUUAUCUCAAUACAUUCGUAUUGAACGCCGUACUGAUUUCUAUCGGCAUUACCUUAGCCAUUACUGAACGGUUUAUAUUUCGCCAAAGGAAACAUUUUCCAUGCCUAUCUUUUAACCCUGUCAUUGGCAGCCAAUAAAAAAGCACCCUAUUCCUGACAACCGGACUACACGGGUAGUCAGAAAUUUUGUAGAGGCUUGAAGACGUAAUCCAAUAUCGAUGCAAUGUAUAGAUGAAAAUUAAUUUAACUCUUCUAGUUUACACUGCUAUUAAUAAGUCGCAUUAACUCAA